CCCCUUUGGUUUGCAGUAUCAGUUAAGCAUUACGAGGAACAACCAACUAAGCUAGCCCAGUCACCCCCUCCCCAAAGGAAAAUAUGGCGCCAAAAUCGUUCUCAUUUCCGGGGAUUUUCCCUGCACUUCUCGCCUCCUCACUUGCUUUACUCCUAUUACCGACUCCAAUCAUAGCCGUCCACGACUACCACGAUGCUCUCCGCAAGAGCAUUCUCUUUUUCGAAGGCCAAAGAUCCGGCAAACUCCCACCCGACCAACGAGUCAAAUGGCGCCGCGACUCGGCAUUGCGCGACGGCUCCACUGCUGGCGUGGACUUAACGGGAGGUUACUACGACGCCGGAGAUAACGUAAAGUUUGGGUUCCCAAUGGCGUUUACCACGACUCUAUUAGCUUGGAGUAUCAUAGAUUUCGGGAGGAACAUGGGGCCGGAGUUAAAGAACGCCGUUAAAGCGGUGAAGUGGUCGACGGAUUAUCUGUUGAAAGCAACGGCAAAGCCUGGAGUGGUGUAUGUACAAGUUGGAGAUGCGUACUCAGAUCAUAGCUGUUGGGAAAGGCCGGAGGACAUGGACACGCUUCGCACGGUGUACAAAAUCGACAAUGCGCACCCUGGUUCUGAUGUGGCAGGUGAAACCGCCGCUGCAUUGGCUGCUGCUUCCAUUGUGUUUAGGUCACGUGACCCUGCUUACUCGAGGUUGCUCCUCAAUCGAGCCGUUAGGGUGUUCAACUUUGCUGACAAGCACCGGGGUGCCUACAGCAGCAGCCUGCACGCUGCAGUCUGCCCUUUUUACUGCGACGUGAAUGGCUACCAGGACGAAUUGCUUUGGGCAGCGGCUUGGUUGCACAAGGCCUCAAGGAAGCGCGCAUACAGAGAAUACAUAGUUAAAAACGAGGUGGUCUUGAGAGCCGGAGAUACCAUUAAUGAGUUUGGAUGGGAUAACAAGCAUGCUGGGAUUAAUGUCCUCAUUUCCAAGGAAGUGCUGAUGGGAAGAGCUGACUAUUUCGAGUCAUUCAAGCAAAAUGCUGAUGGUUUUAUUUGCUCUAUAUUGCCUGGGAUUACUCAUCCUCAAGUUCAAUACUCUCCUGGUGGGCUGAUCUUCAAAGCAGGAGGGAGUAACAUGCAGCAUGUAACGUCACUGUCUUUCCUACUUCUAGCCUAUUCUAAUUAUCUAAGCCACGCUAACAAGGCUGUGCCAUGUGGUGAAAGAUCAGCCUCCCCUGCCCUUCUCAAACAGUUGGCUAAACGCCAGGUGAACUACAUUCUGGGAGAUAAUCCACUAGGGAUGUCCUACAUGGUAGGGUACGGUUCACGCUUUCCUCAGAGGAUUCAUCACAGGGGAAGCUCACUGCCAUCGGUGGCGGCCCACCCGGCUCGCAUCGGCUGUAAAGCGGGGUCUCGCUAUUACCUAAGUCCGAGCCCAAACCCCAAUUUAUUGCUGGGAGCAGUGGUUGGUGGGCCUAACGUGUCGGAUGCUUUUCCAGAUUCAAGGCCUUAUUUUCAAGAGUCGGAGCCCACAACGUACAUCAAUGCGCCGCUUGUGGGACUCUUGGCAUUCUUUUCAGCGCACCCUUGAUUUCUACACUCCAAAACAACAAUGUAAAAGGAUGAUGGCAAUUCCGAGUGGUGUGCGAAAAUGGUCACCCUGCCCUAUUAUUGUGAAAUCAAAAGAUUCCAACUGUUCCCAAAUAACAAAAACACUUGCAUUUCCACA